AAAAAGUCGAAGUCAAAUUAUCAAUUAAUGGUGACAAAACAACAGUAAACUUACUUCAUACAAAUACUAAAUUAUCUGUUAAAGAUGAAUUUCCUGAUAAAAUAAUUUCCCCUGGCUUAAGCUUAGAAUACUGA